AUGCCCUCUACACACGAUGAUACAUCUCCAGAUGCCCCACUCAUCGCAGACCGCGAACAAGACGACAGACACGCUUCUCCCUCCUCAACCACACAGUCCUCUGCAAAUGCCUUCAUAUGGGCUUUGACGGUCUCCGCUUGCGUGUCAGGACUGCUCUUUGGCUAUGACACAGGAGUUAUAAGCAGCACCUUGGUUUCCAUCGGUACCGACUUGUCCUCUCGCCAUUUGACGACCUUGGACAAGGGCCUCAUAACUUCAUGCACCAGUCUCUUUGCGCUCGUUGCGAGUCCCAUUGCCGGCGUCCUGGCGGAUCGGGUUGGGAGAAAAAACAUUAUAUUGUUUGCCGAUGCGCUUUUCACACUGGGCGCUUUAUGGCAGGCCGUCACAACGUCUGUUUGGGGGAUGAUAGUCGGCCGAAGUAUUGUGGGCCUGGCUAUUGGGGGUGCCAGUCUGAUCGUGCCGCUGUACAUCUCGGAACUAGCACCUAGUCACCUGAGAGGCAGACUUGUUACGGUAUCUCUUCUCUUCAUCACUGGCGGACAAGUUAUCGCUUACUUGGUGGGCUGGGCAUUUUCCACAAUGAGCGGCGGAUGGAGAUGGAUGGUCGGCCUAGGCUCUGCUCCUGCGCUUGCACAACUUGUCAUGUUAGCAUUCAUGCCCGAGACACCUCGCUAUCUAGCCAAAGUGCAAAGGGAAAGUGAAGCUCGAGCCGUGCUGAAGAGAGUCUACCAUGGGAUGGAAGGCAACACCACCAGCAUCGUGAAUGAAACCAUACACGCCAUUAAAAAGGAGCUGCUUGACGAAGAAGAGGCGCACGUCCAGCUCCGUCACUCAGCACAGUCAAAGUCCAACUUCCUGAUCUCCCCAACCCUGCAAUCCCUUCUCCUCCACCCUCCACAUGCCCGAGCACUGACCAUUACAUGCACAUUACAAGCCCUUCAGCAGCUGUGUGGAUUCAACAGCCUCAUGUACUUCUCGGCUACCAUCUUCCAACUCUUGGGGUUCCAGUCGCCGACCUUGACAUCACUCAGCGUCGCCGGAACGAACUUUAUGUUUACCAUUGCGGCGUUCCAUCUGAUUGACCGAUUGGGCCGGAGAAGGAUUCUGCUGCUCACCAUUCCCAUCAUGGUCCUGGCCCUUCUGCUCUGCGCUGCAGCUUUUACAUUCGUUCCUUUGCAUUCAGGCGAUAGGGUAGAAACUACUGCGGAUAGUUCUACUGGAAAACCCGUCCCUCAACUCCCUGCCAUUGCCAUCCUGGUGGCCAUGCUCCUCUACGUCUCAACCUACGCGAUGGGUCUCGGCCCUGUACCCUGGCAACAAUCCGAGCUCUUCCCUCUCUCCGUCCGCUCUCUGGGCUCCUCGCUGGCGACUGCGACGAACUGGCUCUGCAACACCAUCGUCGGCCUGACCUUCCUGCCCAUGAUGGAUUUGCUAGGCGCGCAAUGGACGUUCGUCACCUACGCGGCCAUCUGUGCGCUGGGCUGGGUGGUCGUGUGGUGGAUCUACCCGGAGACGAUGGGCCUGAGGUUGGAGGAGGUCGGCGAGUUGUUGAAGCACGGCUGGGGCGUCGAUGAGAGCUUGGAACGGUUAAAGAGUUCUAGACGGGUCACUCCGAGUGACUAG